AAAAAAACAAACAAACAACUUUUCUACCCACCGAAACGGAUACUAUCAAUCCAACCUUUUCUCUCUGCUGCUGCUGCACAUCCUUCCUCUUGUCCGGUUGCAAACGACACCAAGACAUGCUUUACUGACUUCGACACUACCAUCAUGGCGCCCAACUCACCAACAUUGCCCGGAAGAGUCCAAUCAAGCGCCUCUGCCAAUUUUGGCUCUUACAGGGAGACCAAUGAUGAUAAUGCCUCAGAGUCCUCAACCCCUCCGGGGCCCAGUAAUCGUCAACAACACGAAGACAAUGAUGUCGAAGAAGCCAUCAGACUGUCGUUGAGGGAACAAGCCAUGGAACAGUCAAGAAGACCCAGCCAACCUACGCCCAUAUCCCCUACCACCUUCGAACCAUCACUCGGUCUAUGUUUGAGCCUGAACAACGAGUUCACCACGCUGGACGACCCGAAGGGCGACACUGCCAUUUACAUUGGCCCGGCCCCAGAACUGGCCAAGAAAGACGACCACGAGUCACGCUACAUUAACAACCAUUUCAAUCAAGUUUACGUUGUCCAGUCCUCCGCACUGAAGCUCAUGGGUGAAGCCUCUAGGUUUACUCACGACGAUCUCUUGGGACCAAAAUCCGUGCGCUCCGAGAAGAAAUUGAGAAAGCUGGGUGUGUUGGAACAAGCAGAAGCACGACAUGGCGGGAGAUUCAAGUACUACAUCGAUCUGCGUAUACCGACCGAAGAUGAGGAAGCUGCAGAGCUUGUCACGUUUUUGACCUGCACCAAAGGUGUUCUUACUUGGCAUUUGAUGCUCGAGAGGCACGGUCUGUCGCCAUUUACUGUGCUCGGGCAUGACGAUUUUGGAAUCCUCCCACCUCCAAUUGCACCUCCGACUGCCAAAGCCGAGUCGUCGAAUGAAAGAGGUCAGAACAGCUCGACACGUAAUACAGCUGAAGACAAUCCCGCAAACAAUCCGACAGAAAAAUCCCCACCGUCAGAGACCUAUGUGCAGCCACGGGCUAUCGGAGCCGAAUACUCCACGCUGCGACAUUGCUCUGCAAUCGAGCGACUACUCAAUGCCAUUGUGGGCAAUGAUCCCAAACUCGACUCGGCCCCAAAGGUCUGGACAUACUUCGCAGUUGCUAAACAUUUUGGUUGCGCUGAACACGAGCGCCUUUCUGGCUGGAUUACAACUUGGAUCCACAGCGGUAACAACAUCAACUUCAUCCAAAACAACCCCGAGGUAGCCUACCGCAUAGGAAUGGGUAUCAAGUCUCCAGAUCUUGUUCGAGAUGCAUUCUCGCUACUUGUGGGAGAAAGAGCUCUACUUUAUGCUUCUGGUCAAUCCAUACCUGGAUCGACUCAAAGCAUCCAUGGACGAGAGUUCGCACUGCUCGACGAUGACGAGUUGGAUCGAAUCAGUUAUGCUGCUUUGGCCUUCGUCAGCCGAUUUCGGGACGAGGUUGGUGCUCGCCUCCGAGAUAUGUCAUGGCUAUGCAGAAGUGCCGAGUACGAAUUUCUCACCCGCAUUGUGUUCGAGGACUCAGAUGAGAACGAGAUCGUAAAUUCGGCCAUUAGCUUGGUCAUCGACUAUGUCCGAUACCGAAUCUGUCAUGUCUUAUGUUGCGGAAACUUGAAAUUUGGCGAGCUAGAAAAAUACCCGUCCUGCAAUCCUACUUUCCGUUUGGCUCCUGACGAGGACUACGCAUCAGUAUACGAGAGCCUCAAUCCAUCUGCGAAAUUGUUUACUCAACAAUUUUGGCGUGUCCUGGAACAGACCAAGUUCGAGCAAUCCCCGAGGAAUCAAGGCUACGGUAAUGAGGACGAAACCGUGCUACCAGGUGGUCCUAAAUUCAGUGAAGCUCUCAGCGCCCUUGGGCUUGAAGGCCUGUCCAACGGGUAUGUGAGUGUCAGUCGCAUGGCACUUGAUAACAGGAUUGCUGCCGUAAAUCAGCUCUUCUCCGGAAAUAUUGAGGGGAUAAGUCCAAAGGGAAAAGGUCGUGCUGACCAAAGUGUCACCUUUGCACACACGCAGAUGGACGACCUAGAUUCGUCUUUACCCUUGCAGGCCUUGGCUAUCGAAAGUCCAAAGCAUGGUUCUCGCGACCUCGAAACUUCUGACCGGGAUGGUUCACCUUCAAAACGGCGAAAGACAUCGGAAGCGGAUCAGGCCGCUGGAGCCACUUCAUCCUUCAUUGCUCCAAGCGACCUUCUUUUCGAAACGGAGAAUACACAGGACCAACCCUGGCUGAACAAGCAAUGGCGUCGACCUCCUGGCAGUGACUUUACUGGGCCCCAAAACGCGCCUACACUAGCCUUGAGACCGAAGAGAGAACCAAGUGGCAUUGUGCACCAAGUCAAAGAGCAUUUCCAAGCCGCCUUUUCGCGGCUAGGACCAGACACUGUCACAGACGAAAACUCGGAAGAGCAAGAGCGCCUAGUGAACUCUGGCGACAACUCUGUGGUAGAGUCGUGGGCAAGCAGCGCUGAUGUGCUCGAUGCUCGUGAAGAGUCCGUGGCAUCGUCAAAUGCAUCAGCGAGCGAGCCCGCCUCAUCAAAUGCCGUGCUCAAUCCCUGGUCCGGCAAGGUCGAAGAAUGGCCGCUUCCCAAUACCAAGGUAGCACAAAUCCCACUCCCUGCCCCAGAGCAUAUCAGCUACACGAUGCCUGUUCAAGAAGCUCCGCCUCCCUCACCAGAAGCUGCCAGCUGGAAGUCCGAUAUGUAUGCAAAGUACCCAAUCGACCCGCACAAGCUACUUCUCGAAAUCAGCAAAGAAGUUGCCGACCUAUGCACCGACUUUCUGUAUCCAUCGCAUAUGUUCCACGACACUGUUUUCCUUCCGACUAACCUGUAUGACAACUUGACGUGCAUCAACGCAAAUGAGGUUCGUUUUCUACCUCUGUGGUGCAACGGCAACGACGACGGUUCUGGGGGUGUAUUUGCCGAAGUCCCGUCGGACACAAAUGAAGCAGACACAUUUGGACCUGGAAAGCUACGUGCACCAGGUUCCGAGGGCGAUGAAGCUUUCGAGGAUGUUGCCAGUCAAGCAGUCAGCACGGUCGGCAAAGCGAGUAGACUAGCUACGGACGGCACCCAAACAGUCAAGAGUCUUUCGACAAUCAGUGUAGGCGAGUCCGCUGCAACUGAGACCGUCAUGCUAGACGAUUCGAGGAGCAUGGCAUCUGGCGUGAUCAGUGAUGAUGACAUGUGCGACGAGAAUGAUGGUCCGGAUAUGGAGUUCAGCGACUUUGACGAUGGCGCUGAAGAGAGCGAUGCCGACACGGUCAUUGACGAGGCUGGUGGAGUGAGGUUGUCCGGUCCAACCCCUUGGCUCGAUGGAAGCCAUGGUCAAGGAGAAACCCCAGACAGUUAUCCUACCGCGAGCAGCGCCUCGAUUGGCACCGGCAUUGAAGAACUCACACGAGGAAAUGCGGCCGACGUUGAUGGUGACUCUUCGUCGGACAGUGACAACGAUGACGGCUUCGAGUGGAUUUGAAGAAGGUUUCCUCAAGCAUUCAAUCAGACAUCGACGCCUUCUCUCGAAGAGAAUACCUGUUCGUUCGGGUGCUGUUCGACAUUCACAAUUGUUUCGGUCGGCGGACUCAGAGGCAAUACUGGUAUCUACGU